AUGGGAGACAACCGUCAAUUGGUUCUGAGCUCAGUAGAUUUCGAGCCACGCCAUACACAAUACCAUGGAACCCAGAGCCCUCUGGACAGUUACGGCCACAUGAUGAACCAGCCAAUCGGACGAUUAUCCUAUCCUCCUAUUGGGCAGCCCAUGCCCUCGGUCCCUAUGUACCCUGACUGGAAUCUUCCUGCUCGUGAGCCACUGCGACCCGAUGUUGGACCCUUAAGUGCCUCGGAAAGCCCGGAGUUCAUCGUGGAGAGGAACAGCCGGCGCCCUGCUGAUAUAACCCGUGGAAGCCCGCAUUACCCCUCCCAAAGGCGCGCGCCCGCUCGUGGGGAUGAAUUCGAUGGACCCCAUCAGAUCCUGGAUCCGCCUCAAGACAGAAUCCUUCACCAAGUCAACGACCGUCUCUCGCAGUCGGCGUUUGACUUCUUCGCCCGAUACCAGUUCCCGAUCCCUCUGGAACAGGACAAGAGGCCCGUCCAAGUUCCAUCGGACCGCGAAUGGAAUGAAUGGGUGCAUCUCUUGAAGAGACUCGCUACCCGCCGCCGGAUUCCUCGACACACGCUCCACAAUGGCCAGAUUAAGCAACUCAUCACUGUUCUUGAGAACUCCUUGGAGAUGCGCCAUGCUGCCAAGCAUAGCUCACGGCCCGUCAAGGAUGAUCGUAAUGUACUCCAACUCAUCUCCGCGGGGACGCAGGUUGCAAAGAUCCUCAAGGAUUCCAGCGCGAUGCAGUUUUUCGACAGUCUUUAUAUGGACACGGAGAAGUUGAUUCAGGACCGUCGCCGCCGCGUCGUUAGGUUCGCAAACACUUAG